GUCCCGUCGUCGUCAUUGGCAACCAAUGAGAGAUUUAGGAGAAGAAGAGAGACGACUGAUUAUCAUUUGCCACGUGGAUUUUUCCACGUAAGAUGCAAGUUAUUUAGAACGCCCUCCGAAAUUCUCAUGCCGGAAGAUCAUCCUACCACUGGCCAGAAGGAUGAGACGAAGCUGAACACUCAUUGUUGUGGAUAUGAAGAUAAGGCGGUUGUUUAUGGCAAUGGCAUCGACCAAUCAUCAUCAUCAUCAGCAGCAGCAGCAGCAGCAGCAGCCGCUUCAGGAGUAGUGGUAGGUGGUGGACAACUAGGCAGGACUUUUGUUGAUAAGGUCAGAUCGCGUGAGGAGAGAUCGUACGGCCUUCUGUUCUCUCCAGAGAGGUUGCUGAGUUGUCGGAGGAGGUCGUCCAUAGCAUGCUCUUCCGGACUUCUCCUUCGUUAUCUCUCCUCCACCUCCUCCUCCCACUCUUCCUGUCCACCCUCGUUGGGUCUCUCUCUACCUCAGCCGCCUCUCCCUUUCCGUUUGCCAGCUCAGUCCUUGGCUUCAUCUCCCACUCUUCCCUCCUCUCCUCCUCCUCCUCCUCCUCGGCCUCCUUCUCUUCCUUCUCUUCCUCCUCUUUCUCGUACUGCUACACGUGUCAGUACCACCAGUCUUCCCCUCCUUGUGCCUCCUCUUGGUGAUCGCCUCCGUUCUUCAGACGUGGGAAUCGGGAUCGGGACUGUGGUUGACAUCAGGAAUGAGAGCAGCGGAGUCGAGAGGGAGGAAGAUGGAAGGCCUCGUCCUGAUGAUUUGUGGAAAAAGGGGGUGGAUGGGAAGGGUAGAAGGAGUGGGUGUAUGGGGAAUUGCAAUACCGCGAGGGGGACACCUCGGGAAAGGCGGCGGGGAGGGAAAGGAGGAGGAGGAGGAGGAGGAGGAGGAGGAGGGAGCGAGAAGAGGGAGGUGGGGUUCGAUUGCCGGGAUGGAAAUAAGAGGGCGGGGGGCAGGCUAGUUUGGUGGCGAUUACAAAAGAGGAGCAAUGCAGGUAGUAGGGUUUUCACGGGCUGGGAGAGAAUAGGAGGAGGUGGUUUUGGGAGAGAGGCGAGGAGCACGAGUUCGCUGGCUUGGCCUACUGAAGAAGAGAAAAGGAGGUCUAAGGAGGAGGAGGGAGAGAUGGACCUCUCAAGUGGUUUGGAGGUUGUCACGGAUGUGGUGGUGGAGAAUGGGAGAGAGGGGCCGUACAAAAAUUCAGGGGAAGAGAGAAAAAACCCUGAUCUCCAGGUGCCGGCGCGUGAUUCUUCUUCCGCCGUCUCUCUGGGUCUUCGCUAUUUGUUCAGAGAGCAUCAAUCCAGCCAAUCGCAUUCUACUACCCUAAAGAGCAAGGAUGGGGAGGGAAAGGGAGAGGGGGACAAGGCGGAGGCGGAGGAGGAGCAGGAGGAGGAGGAGGAGGAGGAGGAGGAGGAGGAGGGAGAGGGCGACAGGCAUCAUGAAAUCGCUACAGAUGGUGGCGGGAAUGAUGUCGAGUUCCCGUUGCAAUGGCGCCAAACUGUGGCAGGAAAGAGGUUUCUCUGUCCCGCCCCUGUGUCUCUCGAAACGACGGCCAUGAAGAGUAGGCUAUACGAUGGGCGAUGGCGCUACGACGGGCCGAUGGAUCGGGAUCCCGGCGGCGGAGGCCAAGGCGGCCCGGGGGAGAAAUCAGCUCCGCUUGCCAUCAAAACCGUGGCCAGGCAGAUUGCGGAGCACAAGCUUACCGGGAUGGAGUUGGUGGAGGCAAUCAGACAAGAGGGCAUGACCCCGGCGCCAAAGGUGUUCAAUCUGUUGAUGAAAGAGCUUGCUCUUGGUCGGCUAUGGCGGUCUGCUGUUGACACUUUUCAGGCCAUGGAUGAAGCGGGAAUUGCAAACAAUGAACUCGUUUACGCUAACCUAAUUAGCGUGCUGGGAGAGAUUGCUGAUGAGGAUGUGAUGGGGGUGCAUUUUGAUGCAUUGUUACAGAACAAACAGUUCCAGAUGGGACUUGAGGCGUUCAGGGAAAUGGUGAAGGCUGGGCUGCUCCCACAGUACUCCACGUACAACAUGCUUUUCACAGGGUGCAGAAUCUACGGGCAGCCGCAGGCGGCGAUCGAGAUCCUGCAGCACAUGAAGGCAAACAACCAGCCCCCUAGAGCGUGCUACUACGCCGAUGCGAUCGUCUCGUGUAUUCCUCGAGGGAGAUGGAAGGAUGCCACGUGGCUGUUUGAGGAGUUUCAGGCGGCAGGUCAUCAUCCAGAUGUAGUAAUAUUUACUUCUUGGAUUAGUUCGUGUGAGAAUUCGGGCCAGUGGAGGCAUGCGAUGAAGAUCUUCAGCAAGAUGCAGAGAGCAGGCGUGGAGCCGAACGUAGUGUCGUGGACUUCACUUAUCACUGCCUGCGGUCACGGCGGUCAGCCGGACCUGGCUCUGGGACUGUUCCAGCAGAUGCGAUUGCGCGGGGUCGAGCCAAAUGUCAUCACGUGGAGCGCGCUCGUGACCUCGGUAGCGAAGGCUGGACAAUGGAAACGCGCAGAAGAGCUUUUGCGGAGGAUGAAGGAUGAAGGUUGCUCUCCCAACCUGGUGACGUGGGCGGCACUGAUUGGAGCAUACAACCAAGCUGGACUUUGGAAGAAGGCAGUUGAAACCCUUGCAGUCAUGACUGCAGAAGGAUGCAAACCUGAGGUUGUAGUGUGGACGACGGUCAUCGCGGCAUGUGCACGAGCGGGCGAAUGGCAACUUGCAGCAAGUCUCGUCGACGAGAUGCGUGGAGGCGGCGAAAAACCGAACGUAGUUACCUACUCUAUACUGAUAAAAGCUUUCGGAGACGCGGGGAGGUGGUGGCUGGCGAAGGACUGUUUUGAGCAGAUGCUGUCCGAAGGUGUGGCGCCGAAUGUUUACGUGUGCAAUUCUCUUCUUCGCGCAUACGCUGGCGGCGGCCAGCUCGACCCGGCCGAGGAUCUCUGGAACAGAAUGGUCCUUGAGUUCCGACUCCGUCCCGACAAGUUCAGCUACACUGCUCUUAUUCACGCGUGUGGACGCAGUGGAGCGUGGGACCGAGCGGAAGGAAUCUUGGAGACGAUGCACAGAAUGCAGUGCAAGCCGGACCGAACCGUGUACAUAACUCUCCACCAGACUUAUCUCAACAACGGGCAAAACGAAAAGGCAGCAGAAGUGAGGCAACUGCUGGAGGGUUUGAAGCCGGAGAGCGAUGUUGAGGACCAAUCCACGGGCUCAUCCGAUGAUUUAGGAACAAAAGAUACGGUCAUCAAUGAACCAUCGCCUGUUGGGCACUAGAUGUGUACUGAUCCGCAACAGUGAUGGCAACUCCACACAGU